UGUGAUUAUACUACGUGGUUUCCAGUAUGGUUGCCGCCUUCCCAGGGGUGCCUUCACUCGGGAUUACAAACAGAGGAAGGACGAGACCGGCACCUCUGGGAUUAUGCUGUGAAACAGCCUGAGCAAAAGAGGUGGCCAUGUUUGCCCACAGCAUGGAUAACAGCAGCGGUCCUUUUCUUCUCCCAACUUUACUGCUCCUGCUGCAGAACAAGAGCGACCCCGAAACCUCCAACCCUCCAGCUGGCUAUGAGAUGACAGAGUCAGCCAUAGGGCCCAGCUCAAGCAGGAACCACACUGUCUUGCAGUAUGACGUGAGGCCGGGGGAAAUUGCAGUAGCCAGCAUGGUUUUGGGAGCGUUGUGGCUGGUUUCCAUCUUUGGAAACUCCCUCGUUUGCUUAGUGAUCCGCAGGAGCAGGAGGAUACAAUCCACCACCAACUAUUUUGUUGUCUCCGUGGCUUGCGCAGACCUUCUCAUCAGCGUCGCAAGCGUGCCCUUCGUGCUGCUCCAGUUUACCUAUGGCAGGUGGCCGCUGGGGAACGUGAUGUGCAAGCUGGUAAGGUACAUACAGUACCUCACCCCUGGCGUCCAGAUGUACGUGCUCCUCUCCAUAUGCGUGGAUCGGUUCUACGCUAUCGUCUACCCCCUGAGCUUCACAGUGUCCCGAGAGAAAGCCAAGAAAAUGAUUCUGGCCUCUUGGCUCUUUGAGGCUGCAUUGGCAUCACCGGCUUUCUUUUUCUAUGGCUCCGACAGCGACGACCACUGCAACUUCUUUCUCCCCACUUCUUGGGAAGGAGCUGCCUACAGUAUCAUCCACCUCUUGGUGGUCUUGCUGAUCCCAUCCAUCGCCAUUAUGCUCUUCUACCAGAAGGUCAUCAAGCACAUUUGGAGAAUAGGCACCGAUGGCAUGACUGUCAGGAGGACGAUGAAUAUUGUCCCAAGAACCAAGGUGAACACCAUCAAGAUGUUCCUGAUGUUAAACUCGGUGUUUCUCCUGUCCUGGCUCCCUUUUUACGUGGUCCAGCUGUGGCACCCGCAGGAAACAGACUACAGAACAAGCUCCUUGGUUUUCCUGGCCAUCACCUGGAUCUCGUUCAGUUCUUCAGCCUCAAAGCCAACCAUCUACUCCAUCUACAAUGCCAACUUCAGAAGAGGGAUGAAAGAGACUUUUUGCAUGUCCGCCAUGAAAUGCUACAGAAGCAAUGCGUACACCAUCACCACCAGUUCCAGGAUAGCCAAGAAAAAUCACGUUGGGAUCGCGGAAGUUCCAGCUCCGGCCAAAACGGUCACCAAAGACUCCGUCUAUGAGGCUUUUAACAGAGAAGCAAAGGAAAAAAAGCUUGCGUGGCCUAUUCAGUCCAAUCCCCCAAAUACAUUUGUCUAGUCGGAUUCAUUGCUUUGAAAAUUUCCUACGUUCCCGCACAAGAAGGAGCUU